AGCCAAUGGGAGCGUGAGCUGGGCUCUGUGUGUGUGUCUGUGUCGGGCAGAGGGACGCGCGCGCGCACCGCUGUGUUUAUUGUACUUAUCCAGAGAAUCCGUAUUUAUCCAUCAAUUGAUCAGAAGACGGGAGCGGCGGAUCGGGGCUGAUUUUCCUGACUCUGCAAAGAUGGUGAAAGAUCCGAGGAAACCCAGAGGCAAAAUGUCCUCGUAUGCGUAUUUUGUGCAAACCUGUCGCGAGGAGCACAAGAAGAAGCACCCGGAGGCUUCGGUCAACUUCUCUGAGUUCUCCAAGAAAUGCUCAGAGCGAUGGAAGACGAUGUCGCCCAAGGAGAAGUCCAAGUUCGAGGACAUGGCCAAGCAGGAUAAGGUCCGCUAUGAGCGAGAAAUGAAGAACUACAUUCCUCCCAAAGGCGAGAAGAAGAAGAGGUUUAAGGACCCUAACGCUCCCAAGAGACCCCCGUCUGCGUUCUUCAUCUUCUGCGGUGAUUACCGCCCCAAGAUCAAGGGCGAGAACCCCGGCCUGUCCAUCGGCGACAUCGCCAAGAAGCUGGGGGAGAUGUGGAACAGCUCAUCACCAGAGGUGAAGCAGCCGUACGAGAAGAAGGCAGCUAAGUUGAAGGAGAAGUACGACAAGGAUAUCGCCGUGUACCGCACCAAGGGAGUGGCAGGGCUGUCCAAAAAGGCGGCGGGAGACGAGGACGACGACGAAGAGGACGAGGAUGAGGACGACGACGAGGAAGACGACGACGAGGACGACGAGUAGAGUAGCUAGCGACGGAGCCUAGAUUCUUGUUCAUGCCAUAAACCCAAUUGUACACGAUUUCACAUCUUCAAACGUAAUACAGCAGAAGCAAGAGUUGUUAGGCUGUGUAUAUGAGACGUUUUUAAGAUGUACAGUGUUAUUCUCCUUUUGUAAAGUUAACACUAUGUGUCUUCAGUUAUUUUUCCCCUUUUGUUUAGUGGUAGUUCUUGCUUGGAACAGUUCAAGGUGGAGGAGAACAACUGUUUUCUGAAGGUGCAUAGCACAAUUAUCUGGUUUAUGUAGAUCUAUAGUGCGUUAUUUUAGUUUUUAAAAAUAUUUUUCGUAUUUGCUGUCAUAAGGUCCUUUAACUGUACUUUGAAUACCACUCUAAUUACAAGAAUGCAGCUUUGUUUGACAUUCAAGAAUGUGUCUGAAAUAAACAUUUCUUUUUUUUAGAAAAUAAAA